AUGGGCCAUGGGAACAUGAAUGUUCGUUGCAAUGCAAACGAUCAAAACGUACUUUCAAUCCUUAAGCACAGCAUUAAGGAUCCCUUAAAUCGGCUCUCUUCUUGGUCCAUUGAAGAAGUUGCUGCAAUUGGGAUGCAAAGGAGGGGUCCUAUCCCCUUUACUCCCACCGAUCUGGGACUUACACCUUCAUGGCUGUACACACAAAGGUCCCUAUCUUUUCUAGAUGUUUCAAGUUCAGGACUUUCAUUCAAUGUCCAUGACAAGUUUUGGAGCUUUGCAACGCAAAUUUAUGGUCUCUCUUUAGCCAACAAUUCAAUCACUGGGGAUAUAUCUACCACAAUUAUUACUAAUGCAGCAAUUGAUUUACACUCUAAUAACUUCACAGGCCUGUUGCCACGUUUGUCUUCUGAAGUGACAUUCUUCCACAUAGCUAACAACAAGUUCUCAGGACCUAUUUAUCCUCUCUUGUGCCAAAACGAGGCAAGGAUGCAACAGUUAAGACUUUUGGAUAUGUCACAUGAUCUUUUAUCAGGAGAACUUCCUGAUUGUUGGAUGCAUUGGCAAUCUUUGCUGGCUCUGAACUUGGAGAGCAACAAACUAAGUGGUAAAAUUUAUGAUUCUCUUGGUAAGUUGACCAAUCCUUUGGGCCUAAGACUUGGUCAGUCUGGUGAUGUACCUUCACUCAAAAGCUGCAAGCAAUUGUUUCUCCUUGAUUUGGCAUUCAAUGAGUUUACAGGAAAUGUACCUAGUUGGACUGGGUCAUUGCCGGGGACGACCCUUCUACUGCGAUCAGAUAAAUUCAAUGGCACCAUUCCAUCUCAGAUAUGUCAACUUUCCUAUAUUCUAAUGCUGUACCUUGCAGAUAAUAGACUUUCUGGACCAAUACCAAAGUGUUUCAAUAACUUCACAACAAUGGUUACUUAUGAUACUCAAAAUGAGUUUUAUUAUGAUUAUGAUGUAGGGUAUUUGGUACAAGUUUUUUGUGAAUCCUACUUGGAGGAUCUAUUGUUAUAUGUUAAGGGUCAAUACUUCGAAUAUGAUAGGACUUUUUGGGAUGUUCGCUUUGUUAACCUCUCGAGUAAUGAACUUUCAGGAUCAAUCCCACUAGAACUGCUUAGUCUCAUUGCGGUUUAG